UUAAAAGGGUGAAGAGACAGACCUGCUCUUUCGCCUCCACCCGGGGUCUCGGUGAGGAAAGCAGACAGAGGCGACUCGGUCCAAACUAGUGCGCAGCCCCGCAGGCUCCCUGGGGCUCACCCGGCAGCCCCCGAGCAAAGAAGACCUCUAGCCCAGCACGACAAGAAGGGGAGAAAGGGCAUCUGUAACCGGAGCCCAUCACCGGAACUAGUCUCCAGCAGGUACUCCCUCAAGGCCAGAGCUGGAGCCCCAGCGCGCUUCUCGCGCCGACCGUUUGUGUUGGAAGAACGAGUUCGAGCCCGCCGCGCACCGCGGCAAGAUCUUCAAAGCGGCGGGCUCUUUGGCGCUCUAGGAUUCCUCGCUGCAGAUUCCAUGGUCCGUUCGUCCAGACUCUGAGGUGACUUGACUCUGCAGAAGGCCUCCUCAACGGCCAGGGCGAUACUAAGUUGCAGAUUAUUAAUCAGUAUAAUUUAAAAGGUCAGAAUAGCUCGGACUAAGAAGCGAGAAACAAGGAAUCUGUAGCGAAUCGUAAACAACGGGAAUUAAAGUGCUUCUUCUUUAAGGGUCAGAACCCGAACGUCACUUCCGGCAACAAUAGGAAACGUCAAAACUGGGACAGUCGGCAGCUCUGGCUCCUGCAGCUUGAGGUGUUCCGAGUUCACACGGGUGUAGGGCUGUUUCUGAUACUCUCGCCGCCGUCAUCUUCACCGGCGUGAACUAGUAAAGUUUGGACACACUUCUCCAUGGCCUGGGCAUCAGUUCCUGGCUGAGCCAUUUUCUUUUUGGCUUAAAGCCCCCGCCCAGAGGCCGAUUCGUCGCGGCGGCGGUGGAGAUCGCAGGUCGCUCAGUCUUGCAGAUGGGUCAAGGGCUGUGGAGAGUGGCCAGAAACCAGCAGCUACAACAGGAAGGCUAUAGUGAGCAAGGCUACCUCACCAGAGAGCAGAACAGGAGAAUGGCUGCAAGCAACAUUUCUAACACCAAUCAUCGUAAACAAGUCCAAGGAGGCAUUGAUAUAUAUCAUCUUUUAAAAGCAAGGAAAUCUAAAGAACAAGAAGGAUUCAUUAACUUGGAAAUGUUGCCUCCUGAGCUAAGUUUUACCAUCUUGUCCUAUCUGAAUGCAACUGACCUCUGCUUGGCUUCAUGUGUUUGGCAGGACCUUGCUAAUGAUGAACUCCUCUGGCAAGGGUUGUGCAAAUCCACUUGGGGUCACUGUUCCAUUUACAAUAAGAAUCCACCUCUAGGAUUUUCUUUUAGAAAACUGUAUAUGCAGCUGGAUGAAGGUAGCCUUACCUUUAAUGCCAACCCCGAUGAGGGAGUGAACUACUUUAUGUCCAAGGGUAUCCUAGAUGAUUCGCCAAAGGAAAUAGCAAAGUUUAUCUUCUGUACAAGAACACUGAACUGGAAAAAGCUGAGAAUCUAUCUUGAUGAAAGGAGAGAUGUCUUGGAUGACCUUGUAACAUUGCAUAAUUUUAGAAAUCAGUUCUUGCCAAAUGCACUGAGAGAAUUUUUUCGUCAUAUCCAUGCCCCUGAAGAGCGUGGAGAAUAUCUUGAAACUCUUAUAACAAAGUUCUCACAUAGGUUCUGUGUUUGUAAUCCUGAUUUAAUGCGGGAACUUGGCCUUAGUCCUGACGCUGUUUAUGUACUGUGCUACUCUUUGAUUCUACUUUCCAUUGACCUCACUAGCCCUCAUGUGAAGAAUAAGAUGUCAAAAAGAGAAUUUAUUAGAAAUACUCGUCGUGCUGCUCAAAACAUUAGUGAAGAUUUUGUAGGGCACCUUUAUGACAACAUCUACCUUAUUGGCCAUGUGGCUGCAUAAAAGCACAAUUACUAGGACUUCAACUUUCUACUUCAGACUAAAAGCUACCCAAGGACUUAUUUAGCAAAUAUGGGGGUUUCAUCAGUGCUGGCCCUUCUAGCCUCUGUAUACAAUCAAGCUUGAGUAUACAACCUCUUUUUCUUUCACUAUUUUCUUUUUUAGUAAUUUCCUUGGAGAACUAAGUAACUUUGGAGAAUUUUUCUUAAUUUUGCUUAUCAUGUUUUGCACAAAGCACAGCCAUUGUCUAACAGAACUAUUGAAAGAAUGUUAAACUGACACACAUUAUACUCUAUAAGAUGGUGUAUUUGUGCAGUAGAUUUGCCUGAAAAACUUUAUCCAUUUACAUUCUUUUUUAAGAUUCCACAUAAUGUGUACAUAUUUAACUAAAGAGAUUUAUAAUCAUAAUUAUUUUAUUGUAAAGAUUUUAACUAAAGUUUUUUUCCUUUUCUCUCAAACUGGGUUCUGAAAUUUAUUUGGUUCUUAUCUGAGAAUAUUGUUGUCUUUGUAAAAGUAGGAUCUGACGUCAAAUGGAAACCAAUACCAGCUAUCCUUGUCUUCGGACUUCCAAGAGUGUUGGUUUGUUACUAUAUUACUAUGCAAAACUCGUACUUACUUGUAUAAUAUAAAUUUAUCAUUUGAUUCUUCAUUUUUUAAACUUCUGAGUUAAUCAGUUCUCAGUAAGUCCUUUAAACCACUUAAGAUUUAAAAAUGUGUCUGAAUUUAACAUCUACACUUAUCAGAACAGAAUAAAUGUUAUUAGAACUCUGA